AUGGAGGUCCCAUGGGACGCUGAACACGUGGUCUCGACUGCCACAAGACGUCAGCGGCAGAUGGCAUGGGUACCCGCUGUUGGCAUGAGUGUCAUUCCUCAAAGAGAGAGGGAAGGGGAAGAGAGAAAGAGAGAGAGAGAGAGUGAGGGGGAGAGAAGAGGGAGAGCGCAGCACAGCAGAGAAAAAAGAGAGCGCAGGUUUCAGCUUUUUUCUUUAAUUUGUGGUUUGCAGGAGAAGAAGCUGCAGCGCAGAUUCCGCGGAGAUAUGCAAGGUGCACGCUGA